AUGGCGACAAAUACUGAGAGUAUAGCUAACAGCCUACUAGAUACAUUCUCAGACCUGCUGUGUCACCAGUCCAUGAUCUUGGCCAUGAACUCCAGUUUUAUAGACCCUUUAGUGCAGUAUGAGUCUCAAUUGAGCAUAAUAGAGUCAUCAUUUAGAAAGGCCUUUGCUAUUCCAACCCUUGAAGUAGUGAAAACAAUGGGGACAAAUGCUGAGGACAAGGAGGAACUGGAGAGUGUUUAUAUGAGCAUUUUCAACAUGUAUGAGGACACUCUUCUGAUUUUAGUAUCUAAAGACCUCUACAAACUACAGAUCUUAAAGGAAAUGAUGAAGUGGAUGGAUGAAGAUAAUUUAUAUUUUCAAGAAAGAGUGAUGGUGAUCAUCAGCAGGGUAUUAAGCUUUGCAUCCAAGAAAGCCAGGGGACAUACGAGUGUUGAUGUUCCGUGUUUAGGAGUCCUGGCAGCAGAGCUGUCUCUCCUGUGCUGUCACACUGAUCCGUCAAUCAUACAGCAAGCAUCCUCGGGAAUGUAUUACCUUCUCAGCAUUGCCAAGCAUCAGAAUGGGAUCCAUAGAAGCUUCAACACAUAUAAACAACACAUCAAGGAGAAAAACCACACAAUCCUCUCAAUUAGUGCAGAAGAUGCCUUUGUCAAAAUUCAAUUUAAUUUCAGCAUAAAAGCAAAAGAUCGCUUUGAUCCAUACCUAUUAUACUACAAAUUUUCACUCAAUAGAACAAGUGUAGGACAGUACUUAAUGCCUUCCUUGCUGACUGACUUCGUGUGGAGUCUCCUGAAGAAACUGUCUUCACGUAGUCACGUGACUGCAUUUGAGGCGGCAGCCAUCCUGAAGCUCACGCUGGAGUCUCACGCCCAGAAGGUCACCAAGGUAUCUAAGAUUGUGGAUGACAUUUAUCAGCAAAUCAGUAACAACUUUUCCCACACCAUGAAACAUGCUCUCCUGCGGGUUAUCACCUUGCUGACCCGCACGUCACCCAAGAAAGUCAUCUUUCAACUCAUGGACUACCCGCUCCCAGCAGACAACACGGUGAUCCUGAUGUGGCAGGCGGCGGGCUACGAGUCCAGCGUCGCCCCGGACGUGCUCAGCACCAUCUUGCUGAUCCUCAAGGGGAAGCCUGGGGAGAUGGAGGAGACCCAGAUGGAAAGAAGACGCUUCUCUCUCGAUGCCACCAACAUGAUGCCUGUGGCGGCGUCCCAGGCCCUGUGCACGUUCCUGCCUGUGGGGUCUUACAAGAAAGCAGUGGCCCAGUUUUUCCCCCAGCUGCUGAUGGCCCUCAUGCUCCAGCUGUUCUACACCAGCCAGCUCCGAGUGCUGCCGGAGGACAGACCUCUCUUUGCCCGGGAUGCCCUGCGAGUUUUGCUGAAUUGUUCUGGACUGCAGGAAGUGGAUCUUGCUCUCAAGAAAAAGAAUUGCUGGAACCAGUUUUCCCAAGUACUGUUUCACAAUCAUGGGGUCUACCUCAUUGCCAAAACUCUCAGUGAACAUAAUUUCCCACAGUUUCCGGAGACCUUACAUUAUCUCUACAAGACCUCAGUGGAAGGUCCUAGAAGGUCAGAAGACAGUAUCAUCACAAUAAUAUUCCUCACUGAACUUCUGAAUAACUUCUUCAAGGACCCAUUCCCAGAAGAAUUUUUGGUUCUCUUCAGAGACUGGGUUAAUGAUUCCAACCCUGAAGUUAGCAAACUGAGCCUUCAGAAGAUCGCCAGCAUGGCGCCAGUCAUAAAUGAAAUAGAAAGCGCCUGCAGCUUGAUCACAUCCAUCCUCGAGGCCUUCCUUUCCAAAGAGAAGACAGUUGUCAUGCGGGCUUUGCUCACCCUCCGAAGGCUGCUCGGCAGAUUGGACAAAGUGACCUAUUCCUCGCUGUGCACCAACAUAGCCUCCAGCUACUGUCCUCUGAUGGAUCAUAGUAAUGGAGGCAUUCGGAGCAUGGCCAUUCGACACUUUGGAGAACUACUUAGAGAUAUGAGUCAGUACACAUGGAUGCUGAGCCACGUGAUCCUGGGAGGCCUAGUGCCCCUAAUCUUGUUUCUGGAAGAUAAGGAGCAGAGAGUCGUCAAAGCAUGCAAAUACACACUAGAUAUCUGUGCCUCCCAACUGAAGUGGUCAAUAUCAUAUUUACUCAAAGAUGAGAAUUACAACUUUGAGCUGGUGGUCAUCAACAUCUGUAAUAAUCUUGUUGCAUCUAAUGAAAACCAAAUUACAGAUUUAAUAUCUGACACCUUAGGGUUCAUGGGAAGUUCCCGAGUUUAUCUGAGGAGAGGAGCAGUUAUUUUAGUUGGAUACUUGGCAAAAUUGGGUGAAUAUUUCCUACUCAAAGAUGAAAUGGCAGUCAUGUUUGAAGUGAUCGACAAACUGCGCUGGGAUGAAGACCCCAUUACUCGGGACCUGGCAGAAAUGACCCACCACAUUCUAACAGAAAUCGCCUACAAAAUGACCUCCUCCACUAUCAAGAAAAACUUCCGGAGAAUUUUUAGGUUUAUCUACACCAAAAGAUUGAAGCCCCUUUAUAACUGGAACAUGGACCUAACAGAUAGUGACAGUGACACUAAAGAGACGAAGAGUGACAAAGAAGGCUUUGCAGAAGAUAAUGAUGAUGACAUCGCUAUCUAGAGAAUGAGAGCUUCUCCUGCGCAACUAGAGGUUCGGCUAGAGCGGUCACACACUAGAGCAGACCACAGAAGAGGAAGGAAUCCCCCCCUUGAUAACCUGAGUUCAU